GGACUUCGUUCCAAUUUAGGUGGUCGGAUCGAAUGUUAUCGUUUCGCCUCCAACCCCUCCUUUCUUCCAUUCAUUAGUUGGGCCUGGGCCUGGUCCUGGUCCUGGGCCUGGCCUUUUCUCUCCGGCUCGUCCCUACUUAACACCGCUCGCGGCUAUUUGAAUUGUUCGCCAAAACCACCCCCGCCACCGCAGAGGCAUGAAUUCUCCAGCGGACGGCCGCGCCACCCCGACUUCGUCCCCGGCCAUGGCGUCCAAUCCACAGAAGGCGGGGCAAUUCCCAUCGCAGCAGGCGACUACCGCGGCGAAGCAAGGAGUGGGAUACCCGGUGGCCUCCUCGGGCCGUGGUUUCAUCCCGAAAUCCCCAAAUCAGUUGGACCCCACGGCGGUGCGCCAUCCCGCCGCCCCGCCCCCGCAUCCGCUAGGGCUUUGGCCCCUUCUCAUCCCAAGCCAUGCUUUUCCCCUUCCCUUCCUCUUCCCGAUUGCAAUGGCUGUAAAGAGCUCAGGGAUCGAGCCAGAGAGGACGCAGCGGCCGUCGUUCGAGAUAGAAAAGGUGCGCGCACGUGCAUGCAAGCUGUGUGUUGGGCUUUUCUUGAGCGUGCCUUCAAGUGGAUGAUGCUGGAUGAUAUGGUGAUAGGAAGAGAGGCAUCAUAAGUACUUGGUUUAGGUUUGAUUUGUCGACAGCAAUUGUUAGGGGCAUAGAUAUCGGCCCUGCCACAGGGGGUUUCUCCAACGUAAGUGCAUCAUAAGUAUUGGAGUCUUCUCUACUCCUUGAAAUUGGCAUUGAUGGAGGUUCAUAGGAUAGUAUGGAGCAAUCUUGAGCGCGCAUAAGAGUGUCGAGAUGUUACAUUGGAAUGAAAGAUCUGGCAUCUAGGACUUUUGGCAAUACGGGAGCAUUCCCUUACCUCAAGUUGGUAUUUAGAGGCUGUAUGGUUGCUAUUGCUGCCUUGGCUGCCGACACAUAUCAAAUUCUCACUAGGUGGGAUCACCU